AUGUAUCAAAGAACUAGAAAAUUUCAAGAUUCAAGCAAUGAAAACAUUGAUGAAACUUCUUCUUUAGCUUUUAAUCAUAAUAAUUCAUUUAAUAGUAAUAAUAAUCAUCAUUAUAAUAAUAAUCAUCAUCAUAAUAAUUCGCACCAUCAUCAUCAUAUAUCAAAUACAAUUCCUGCUAAUAAAGAUGGAAAACGUUAUUCUAUGAAUGAAGUAUUUCAAGUUUGGAAUGAAUUAAAAGAUCAAAUUUUAAAUACUUCAAAUCCAUCAAAUAAAGAAAAUUAUAAAUUAUCAAAACCUGAACCAAUUUAUCAUUUAGAAUUACAACUUAAAUUUCCUGAAAAGAAACAAGAAGUAGAGGAACCAAAAUUGGAAAUUAAAGAAGAUGUACCAGAGCAACAAUUACCUUUAAAAUUGCCCGAAUCAUUAUCUAAUCUAAAUAUUUCAGGUAUUACCAAUACUCCAACUAGUGUAGCUGCUACUACUGCGUCUUCGAUUCCACUAACUACUUCUGGUCCACCACCAGGUUUAAAUGACUUAAAUUUGGAGACUAUGCCUUUAGUUACUAGUGAUAAAAUUGAAUGGUAUUAUAUUGAUCCUUCAGGAAAUGAACAAGGUCCAUUUAAUGGUGAUAUGAUGCAAGAAUGGCUAAGUGGAGGUUAUUUAAAUCUUGAUUUGAAAAUUAGAAGGAAAGAAGAAACUCAAUUUAGAACAUUGCAGAAUUUAUGUGAUAGUUUACAAAAUUAUAUUCAACCUUUUAAAAUUCCAUUAAUUGAUUUAUCAGUAACAACACCUUCAUCAAGUCAAUUUUUCCCAACAACAACCACAGCAAAUAAUGAUAUUUCAUUUCCAUUUCCAAAUACUAUAAAUAGACUAAGUGGUGGUACAACAAGUGUACAAAAUAAUACUUUCAAUAGUAUAUUAGAUACAACUUAUUCAUCAGCUGCAACUAAUUAUCCAUCAUUUUUACAACAACCUGCUUUAUCUAGAGCUAAUAGUGGCUGGGGUAUUGAUACAAAUAAUUUUAGUAAACCUCAAACUCCAGUAAAUCAACCAUUAUCACCUUGGUUAACUAAUGUAUCUUUAUCAAGAACAAAUUCGCCAUUUGCAACUACAAAUACAAAUACAAAUGUUGUUUCAAAUGAAGAUGAUGAAGUAUUGAAUAUUCAUAAUUCAGUUGUAAAUAUAGUUGAUGAAGAAAUUGAUAAAAUGGAAAAAGAUUUAAAUAUAAAUUUGGAUAAUAUCAAUUUGGAAACCCAAUUGAAAGAAGAAAAACCUUUGAAAAGAGAAUCACCAAAACAUCAACCACAAGUCGUACCAGAACCUAAAAAGGAAAUUGCAAAAGAACCAGAAGUCAAGCAACCAGAAGUUAAAGAAUCAAAACCAUCAGCUCCACAAUCAGCACCAUGGGCUCAAAAAGAACAAUCAAAUUCAAAUAAUAUCACAUUAAAACAAAUGCAAGAACUAGAUAACCAUACUUCACAACAAAGAAAAUUGGAAAAUAAAUUAAAAGAAGAACAACAACAAGCAGCAGCAUGGGCAGCAGCAAAUGCAACAACAACCACUACCAAACCAAAAGAAGCUGAAAAAAUUGUAUUACCUGCUAAUUGGGGAACAACCCCAAAACUAAGUAUUACAAAAACAUUAGCAGACAUUCAAAAAGAAGAAGCAGAAUUAGCAAAAUUAAAACAACAACAACAAUUUAAAUCAAAUACUCCAAAAACAUCAUUUGCAAGUGCAUUAGCUAAUUCAAUUCCUAAAGACGAUGAUUCAUCAUGGACUACAAUAGCCAAAAAACAACCAACUCCAAUUAAAAAACCAACUACAAUAACAACUACAACUUUAACCCAAUCAAAAACAACUCCACAAUUAUUAAGAUCCGUAUCUGCAAAUAAAUCAAACACUCAAACAUCACUGAUUAAUUCACAAUCAAUUAGAGAAGAUUUUUUGAUUUGGGCAAGAUCACAAAUGAUUAAUUUAUAUCCAUCAGUUUCAAAAGAUGAUUUAUUGGAAAUUUUCAUCACUUUACCUUCUAAUCAACCAGAUUCUAUUUCUUUAAUUGCUGAAACUAUAUAUUCAUCAAGUGCAACAAUGGAUGGUAGAAGAUUUGCAACUGAAUUUUUAAAAAGAAGACAACAAGUAGAUAAACAAAUUGGUAAUUCUGGUGAUCAUGCAUGUUGGUCAAGUGCAAUUAUAUCAUCAGCUGAUAAAGUUCAAAUGGUUGAUGAAGAUGGUUGGAGUACAAGUAUAAAAUCAAAAAAGAAAUCAAAUAAAAGAAAUUAA